AAAUAACCUCUAUGAAAAUGAAUUCUGACAAUUCGUAAAUUCAAGGAUUCGUUUAUCAAUAUUUAAAGUUAUUUAUUUUUAUAUAGGAUGGAAUUUUUUAAGUGAUAUUAGGGGAUAAUAGAGGCCUUCAAGAUGAUGCAACAGUAUAUGAAGGAACUCGAACAGGAACCUUUCGACCCUGAGGAAUUCGUGGAGCGUUUGGCAUGGAGAACAGUAAAUGAUUCAGUGGUGGAUGGCCUGAAGGGGAGUUUCGAUCCAGUUCUAGUGCACGAGACAUUCGUCCACGCGAUCAAGGACCUCCAGAUCCUGGAGGAGCGCCAGCAGAAAAAAUGCGAGAGAUUGGAGGUGGCACUGAAGGACGAAGACAGCAGACACACCCUCGAGAUAAUCGACCUUCAGGAUAAGAAUAAAAGGGGAAUGGAACUCUUCCAUCAGCUGGACGAGAGGAUAAAUUUCGUUGCAACGAAAGUGCUGCACUUGGGGGACCAGUUGGAGAGUGUCAAUACCCCAAGGGCCAGAGCGGUCGAGGCCCAGAAGUUGAUGAGACACUUCUCCGAGUUCCUGAGUCCUGGACCUCUGACUGAUCCCAUAUUCACGGAUAAAUCGACUCUAGACGUCGCAGCAGAUGUCAUCCAAAAGCUUCACCUGAUAUCCCAGGAGUUGCCCUCCGAUAAAUUUAAUGACGCUAAGGAGAAAAUCUCGUCGAAGUACGAUGAGAUAGAGAAGAGUUUAAUCGAAGAAUUCGUUAGGGCCCACAACAGCGACGACGCAGAGCGAAUGAAGGAGUUGGCAAGUGUGUUAUCACACUUCAAAGGAUAUUCCCAGUGCAUAAAUGCUUUUAUAGAGCAGAGCAGGAUGGCGUCUUUCGGUUCAAAAGAUGUUUUUCUCAACGUCAUCCCCAUGUGCCAGAAAAACUACAAAUUGAUGCAGCAGGUAUUCUCGAAUCCUGAACAGGUGAUGGCGAAAUUUGUCCUCAAUAUUUAUCACCUGAGACUGCAGAAAUACGCAGUUGCAAAAUUGAGUGAUCAAUCGGACUCUGACAAAUACCUGAGUAACUUGCACGAUCUGUACUCGAAGACAACGAAACUCUCGAUGGACUUGAGGCAAUUUGACAUGGGAACCGACGAGGCCUAUCUCACGAAAUUAACUCGAAAUAUAUUUCAGAAGCACUUGGACACGUACCCAAGUAUCGAGCUCAAAGCCCUGAGGGAGAGAUCAGCGGCACUGCUGAUGGAGUACUACGAGUCGAAGAAUCACCAGAAGAAGCAGCUGCAGACUGGUGGUUUUCAGGAGCUCAGACGUGAUUUGCAGGCAGUGCUUGGUACCAGAACGAAUAUUAAUAUUGCCCAGAUCGAGGAUUACGGUGGUGAGACAUUUCUCUCGGAGGAACUGGCGAUUGCACUACUCCAGAGGUGUAAACUCGCCUGUCAGAGGUGCCAGACACUCUCCCAGCCAGCCGAUCUCCCCCUCAAUGCCCUCAUGAUCCUGGAGAUUCUUCUCCAGCACUUGAUGAUCGAGCACGUUGAUUAUGCCCUGGAGUUGGGACUCCAGAGUGUUCCCAUUCCUGAAAGCAGAACACCCCCUGACAUUCACUUCUUCAGAGUUGCCAGGCAGUGCAAUGUGAUUGUUAAACUUCUCGAGGAGCAGUUUAACGACAGUCUAGUGCCUCUCGUUAUCUCCACACCGAAGCAUGGAGACUGCCUGGCGAGACAGAAAUCGGUUCUCCUUCAGAUCGAGAUGAAACUCGACACUGGCCUCGACAGGAGCAUCAAUGCUAUAGUGGGAUGGGUCAGAAUGUACCUUCAGAGUGAGCAGAAGAAAACAGAUUUUAAACCUGAGGGGGAUGUCGACACCCUCAGCACACCUGCUUGUCUGGCUGUUGUUCAGUACGUCACCAGCAUGAUCAGGCACAUCAGGGACAGUCUCGAUGGCAAGAACUGUGAGAAUGUCAUGAUGGAGCUUGGCAUCAGAUUUCACAGAGUCAUCUACGAGCAUCUCCAAAGCUUUCAGUUCAAUUCUGCUGGUGCCAUGUGUGCUAUAUGCGAUAUGAAUGAGUACAGAAAAUGCGUUAAGGAGCUCGGGGUGGGAAUCGUCAGUUCCUUAUUCGAUACUCUUCAUGCUCUCUGCAAUUUACUGCUGGUAAAACCUGCCAAUCUCAUGCAGGUCUGCACUGGAGAUCAGCUGGCGAUACUGGAUCGAGCAACUCUCGUCAGUUUUAUUCAACUGAGAACGGACUACAAGACUCAGAAGUUAGCUAAUUUCCUCAAAGGCCUUGCAACGACAUAAAAAUUAAUGAACGAAAAAUGAAUUUUUGGAACAAGAGGGAAAAUAAGGAAAAGGGGUAUUAAAAAUAAUGAACGACUUGUUACCGUAUUAAACGUAUCAACCUUCUUA